GCGAGAAGCAAACAGGGCGAGCUGCUUCCCUCCUUCCUUCCUUUCUUCCUUCCUUCUUUCCCUCCCUCGAGGUCCCUCCUUCUGUGCGUUUGUUUGCAUUGGAGGGAAAGAGUGAGUGAGUGAGCGAGCGAGUGAGUGUGGGAGGAAGAGGGCGAAGGAAGGCAGUCGCCGAGGAAAGAGGAGGACAGGACGCGCAAAGAGACGACGGGACAGACACAGAGAGGUUGGGUGGAGGAAAUGAGACGGAGCAGCAAAGAAAGGAGCUGGAGGAGACUCCACAGAAUAUAGACUUCAAGGAAAGGAAAGGAAGAGUCGGAGGUAGAAAAGGGAAGCCGAAGAAGAUGGGACGAGGCUAAUACCAGGGAAGCAGGAGGCCAAAGGGAGAGGGAAGUGCCGGCUGAAGCUCCGAUGCGGAGAGGACCUUCCCAAGGAGGAAGAGGGGAAGCGGGAAGAGCCCAGGGAGUCGGGCAAACUUCCAGCAUGGUCUCCGCCUGGGACUGACUGACUGACUGAGCCGGGAUGAGGUGCCGCCCGUUCCCGGUGCUGAAGGGGCUGCUGCUGGCCCUGCGGAGGAAGCGCCUCGGACUCUGGCUGGCCUUGGCGCUCCUGGCCGGGGCCCUCUGGGCCGCCUCCCUCGAGCUGGCAGCACUGGAUGGCCAAGGAGGAGGAGGAGGAAGAGGAGGAAGAGGAGGAGGAAGGGGGCACCCCUUGAGCCGCACGUAUGAAAGCUGGGGUGAAUUGGCAAAAGCUCUGGGAAAGCAAGACGCUCCGAUAGUGGAUUCAAGUGUUCGGUUUAAUCAGCUUCCGAAGCUAGAGUCUCCGUUUCAAGGUCAAGUCAAUCUCCAUGUGUUUGAAGACUGGUGCGGAGGCUCUAUAGAACAGCUGAGGAGAAACCUCCACUUCCCAUUAUAUCCUCAUACACGGACCACUUUGAAAAAACUGGCAGCGGCUCCAAAAUGGACAAACUACGGAUUGCGCAUAUUUGGCUAUCUGCAUCCAUUCAGUGAUGGUGAGUUUCAGUUUGCCAUUGCAGCCGAUGACAAUGCAGAGUUCUGGCUGAGUCCAAGUGAGAACAUCUCAGAUCUCCAACUCCUGGCCAGUGUGGGCAAGACCGGAAAGGAGUGGACAGCACCUGGGGAGUUUGGAAAAUUCAAGAACCAAAUCUCAAAGCCAGUGAAAUUGUCAUCCACAAAUAAGUACUACUUUGAGGUACUACACAAGCAAGAUGACCAAGGAACAGACCACGUGGAAGUAGCAUGGAAGUUGAAUCACCCAGAAAACAACUUUGCAAUUAUUGACUCUCAAUUCCUCUCCCUUUAUAUUAAUGAAAGCCUUUUAAAAAUGGAUGGGGUUAGCCACAUCCCACAGACCUUGGCUACUCGUCGGAGUCGGAUCCUGCCCAGUCGGGCUGCAAUGGAGCACCCAGCAGACAUGCUGAAGCUUGACCCCCGAGAUACUAUUUACGCAUUGCCUCUCAUAAGAAAGUCACAGAUUCGCAAGAUCUUUCCUGACUGUCCCUACAAACCAAGCUACUUAGUCAAUGGGCUUCCACUAAGCCGCUACCAAGGACUCCAGUUUGUUCACUUAUCAUAUGUAUAUCCCAAUGAUUAUACUCGUUUGAGCCAUAUGGAAACACAUAACAAGUGCUUUUACCAGGAAAAUGCCUAUUAUCUGGAGAGGUUUGGAUUUUCCAAAUACAUGAAAAUGGACCAAUCCGACGGCAGAAACCUAGAUUCUGAGGAAAUGCUAAAAUACCCAGGUUAUGAAGAGGAAAAUGUAGACGAUUCCCAAUAUGCCAAUCCAGAAAAGGAAGACACAAUUUCUCCAUCCAAACCUACUACACCAAAACCAGAACAAAGGCCAUCCCUGGCUGCUGGGUAUGCCAAUGUUUAUGAUUAUUCCCCGCAAAAGCAUCGGAAUCUCUUAGCAAUUCCUGGGGAAACUACACAGAGAAAAGAAAAGAAAGGACGGAAAAUGAACAGCAAAGCCAACGCAGAAGGAACUUCACCCACGAGGAAGCCUCCACUGAAACAACGAAUCAUGGGCAACGCCAGAAACUCCUCGUAUCAUGACAGGACAGUCCAUGAGUUAUCAAACACCAAGAGGAAAGUGGAAGAUAAAGGAUUGCAGGUAAAUAAAAGGCCCAAAGUGGCCAGGGAACAAAAUUCAUUCAGGCACAAGGAUGCAGGUGGAAAGAUCACAAGAGAACCAAGUCCAGUUCAGUUAGGUUUCAGUACAAAUCAAAACAAGAACCCAUCGAUAGAUGCCACAAAAACAAGGAGACAAGCUCAAGUAUUUGACAAAAGUGCUGGAAAGGUCACCCUUCAAAAAACACCUGUUCAUGAAGACCAGUGGUUUAAUCAAGUGGAUUCAUACAUAGCCCAGCAUAAGGCAGCAGAUGCUGCGAAUGUCAUUUUGGGAAGGGUGGAUCUGGUUUUGCACCAGCCUGUUCAGACUGAUUCUGUCCAGCCAACAGUCCAAGAGGAGAAGCACGAUGGGGAGGUUGUGGUGCUGGAAGAAGAGGAAGAAAAAGCUGGUGAGGGGGAAGAAGACUUUGAAUACAUGCCGGUAUUUGACCAGCUAGUGAACUGGGAGCAGACCUUCCAGGCAAGUAACUUGGACUUCCAGCUGCUGCGGACAGACUGGAUUGAUCUGAACUGCAACACUUCAGGGAACCUCCUUUUGAAAGAAAAGGAAGCCUUAGACAUCACACAAGCUUUCCUAACAAAACUCAACCAGAAGAACAAAGGGCGAUUCCAACUGCGGCGCAUUGUAAAUAUAGAAAAACGACAGGAUCACCUCCGGGGCAGCCGAUACCUUCUUGAGCUGGAGCUUGUGGAGCAGGGAAAGCGUGUUGUCCGAUUCUCAGAAUACAUCUUUGCACGGGACUGGCCCGGUGGGGGUGGCAACGAGGAGGAGAAGGCUAUGAAGGACUUGGCAUGGGGCCGCACGCGUCACCUGAUGGCUACUAUGGAUGAACCAACCCUUUGCUGGCCAUCAGGCUUUUCCUGGAAUCACCGUGCUGUUGUCCACUUCAUCGUGCCGGUCAAAAACCAGGCUCGGUGGGUGAUGCAGUUUAUUUCAGACAUGGAAGAGCUAGUGAAGGUUACAAAGGACCGCUACUUCAAUGUUAUCAUCACAGACUACAGUAGUGACGAUAUGGAUGUAGAAAAGGCUUUGAAAAGAUCCACGUUGCGCAGGUACCAGUACUUGCGAUUGACAGGGAACUUUGAGCGCUCUGCGGGCCUGCAGGCUGGCAUAGAUUUAGUGAAGGAUUCCCACAGCAUCAUUUUCCUAUGUGAUCUGCACAUCCGAUUCCCAGCAGGGAUUAUUGACUCCAUUCGGAAGCACUGCGUGGAAGGGAAAAUGGCCUUCGCACCCAUGGUUAUGAGGCUGCAUUGUGGAGCAUCCCCACAACAGCCCGAUGGAUACUGGGAAGUGAAUGGCUUUGGUCUCCUUGGAAUAUACAAAUCUGAUCUGGUUCAUAUUGGAGGGAUGAACACCAAAGAAUUCCGGGAGAAAUGGGGAGGAGAGGACUGGGAACUCUUAGACAGAAUUUUUCAGGCUGGCCUGGAGGUGGAACGGCUCGCUGUCAGGAACUUCUUCCACCACUAUCACUCCAAGCGGGGCAUGUGGAACCGACGUCCAUUGAAGGUGUGAGGCAGGUUUGCACUCCUGGAUCCCAGCAUGCACUUUAUUCAGGUCUGGCCCAAAGCAGAGAACAUCCUUCUCUCCUACAGAAACCAUAGCAUGAAUUCGGAGACUCAUAACAUAUUUAAAUGUCAUGAGAAAAGAAGUCACAGAAUGGAAUGGAGAACACUUUCUGUAAACGAGGAGAGAGCAGCAGGAAAAAGGAAGACUUACCUCUGCUGUCAUUUAACAUUCAAAAGUGUAUAUUUUCUCACCAGCAUCAACAUAUCCUAGCAAUGCUUCCAGGAAGCAAAAAACAUACAAUAUAGAUUGUUUCCAGCCCAUCACAAAAGCCUUUUUUAAAGUGCCUUCCUAUUUCUUAUUAUAUAUAUAUAUAUAAUGCUUUAAAUUAUUAAAAAGGAAACACAGAAAUAAUGCUGCAGUUCUUACAUCCAACUGAACUACUUCUUACAGUUUUUGGUAUCCUUUGAGGGCCUGAAGUUCUGGAAGGACAGCUUUUCUGCCAACGGAAAUCAGAGCAUUCUGGCAUUUGGGUACAAAUGAAAAGGUGCCAGAAUCGCACAGCAUGGGUUAUUGUCUUCUUUUGAAGAUACUUGAACAACAAAAACAAUUCUGGAAUUCAUGCCUUUGGACAAAACAUGACUCACCUUCUGUAUAUCUGUGCAUCUACCCAUCCAGGAGAUUCAGAGGAGUGGAUUCCUCUCUUCACUUGAAGCAUAGUAUGCCCUACUCAGGUACAGCAAAGGGAACAUGGGCCUUGUUUUCAAACUGAUGUAAAUAGCAUUUUUCCAGGAUUAUUCAACAACUCAUUUGACUGAGUUAUGGUCAUGAAGUUGAAACCAAACUAGGACCAGAAUUAGUUUAUGACACAGAAUGGUGUUUAUCUUGACGAUUGUAUGGAACGUUGAGCAAAUGACACUGAGAAAUGGCAAUACGGACAUGAGACCAAUUCUUCUUUUUUUCAAACCUGUAUGUAGCCUAUCACUUGGGAGAUUCAGUUCUAGGCAUGUCUACUCAAAAGUCAACCCCAUUGAGCUCAAUAGCUUUUAUAUGUCUUUCCCCCUAUUUAUUGUGCAAUUCUAAUGUUGUUAGCGAGUUUGCAUUUUUAUUUCAAGGUGCUGUAAGUCACCCUGGGAGAAGUCAUUUUGAAGGAGAAGAUAUAACGUCAUUUUGUAAUAUAGUUUAAAUUUCAGUUACAAUUUUUUACAUUCAGGUAUUGAUUGUGUAUGAAGAACAGGUGUACUUGCAUCUCUCACAAAAAAGGAGUUCCAGAAAAGAGUAUGUCUGUGCCAGCUUUGUAGGAAACAGAGCUGAGAGGCCAAUGUGGUGGAGUGCUUUGACUAAGACUCUCAAAUCCCCACUCAGCUGAGGAAACUUUAGGCAAGUCAAUUCUCUCAGCUUUGGACUGUGGCAAUGACAAACCCUCUCUGAACAAAUCCAGUGAAGAACACCCUAUGAUAGAGUUGCCUCACAGUCACCAAGGAAUUACAUGAAGGUGCACAACAAUAACACAUGUAGCUAUUGACUAUCUGCAUUGCAAUUUUAGAAGGACAAACAAGGCCACUUUCUCUUGCGUUAGUUGAUACAAUAUUUGAGCAUGACACUCUCAGGAAAUCAACCUUUCGACUUUGUUGAAGCAGAUUGAUAGCAGUUGUUUAUUUAAUUGAGGUUUGUGGCUAAAUGUGAUGGAGAGGGAAUGGACUUGCCCAUAAGUCUCCAUCUUUUUCCUAAAUUGGGUUCUGGCUAUAACAUACUAUUCAAGAAUCUUCUACAUUAUUCUCUGGCUCAUUGAUUAUCAUAGUUGACAAUCCCAAAUCUUUCUGUACUUGUAGACUCCGGACACCUCCUUACAAGGAGCCCCCAGUGGCGCAAUAGAUUAAACCCUUGUGCCAGCAGGACUGAAGACCAAAAGGUCAAAG